AAGCAAAUAUAUCACAGAUGCGCCGCUGAGGGUCGCGCGGCUGUUGGCGGCAGCAGCUCAGACUAAUAACAAAUCAAUAAUAAAUAUUUCACGUGGCUAGUUUUCCAGUGGUGCUCUGUUUAUCUCACUUUGAAAUAUCAGUUCUUACUUCCGUGCUGCAGGCGUGACGAGUGUGAUGUUCAGUCCUUAUUUUGAAUAACACCAGUUUCUUUCGGUUUCUUUUCUUGUUAUAUUGGGUUUACAAUACUAACAACGUAUCCUGCUGACGUGACAGUCACAUUUCUCAUCUUAUUUUCCUGCUGGUGUCAGGCUGUUGGUGUUAAAAAUCCAACUGAUGGUUUUAGGUGGAGCUGUCUCCAAUGACAAACCUGCACCAAAGAUGAGGAAGAGUUUUGAUACUGGCUUCAUUGCUGAAGUUGUUGUACGUCUGUUACUUUUAGGCCUAUUUCUCGUAACAGAGAAGCUGCCUCCUUUCAGUCGUGAGAUCCAACCUGAGGAGCUCUGGCUCUAUAAGUUCCAUCCUGUCAAAAAGGACCUUGUUCCUACCCGCCUCAUGUUUGCAAUCGCCCUUUUUACUCCGUUAGUGGUUAUUUUCUUCUUUUCCUUCUUGAAACAAGCUGAAAAGGGUAACAAAGAUAUCAAAGAGGCAUCCUUGGCUGUGACUUUGACCCUGGUGUUAAAUGGAGUUUUCACUAAUGCAAUCAAGCUAGCUGUGGGCAGGCCACGACCAGAUUUCUUUUACCGUUGUUUCCCGGAUGGCCAAAUGAACCCGGAGCUUCACUGUAGCGGUGACCUGGAUGUUGUAAUGGAAGGCAGGAAGAGCUUCCCUAGUGGACACUCUUCCUUCGCGUUUGCUGGUCUGGGUUUCACUGCCCUGUACGUGGCAGGGAAGCUGCACUGUUUUAGCCCAGUGGGCCGAGGCAAAGCCUGGAGGUUGUGUGCCUUCCUCACCCCCCUACUCUUCGCCAUAAUGAUUGCUCUUUCUAGAACAUGUGACUACAAACAUCACUGGCAAGAUGUGUUGGUGGGAUCUCUCCUCGGUUUGGCCUUAUCCUUCUUAUGUUACCGACAGCAUUACCCAGCUCUCAGUGAAUCGGACUGCCACAUACCCCUCAAAAUAAGAGAGGCAGUGGUCCCUGCUCAGGAACGCAAGCAAGCCAACCCAGGUUACCUCUUACCUUUGUAGGGACUCUUAAUUCUGUCACACCCCACCCAGACCAACAACCACAAUAAUGUGUCAAAGUUUACCUUACCAGCGGACUCUGGAUACAUAAGCUUCCUGAAGCCAGUAUGUCUAUUUUUUUGUGUAUGCUGCCUGUCAGCCAACGGGUACUUCUUGUUUUUGCCUUCCUAUACUGUUGUAGACAUUCGCAAUGGAUGUUUUGUGUAUUGUCAAUCUCUUUUUGAAAAUGUCUUUACAACUUUGUAUCAUGUCAAGCUCUUUGAGGUUUAUAUGUGAAAUAGCUCAGUGAAAGACCGUAAUGUAAUGUUACAGCAGCUUCUAGAUCUAUUUUAUUGCGUAGCAGAAAUAUUUAUAAAAGACUCCAGUAGAGACUGGAUGCUGAAAAGAAAUCUUCUCCCGAUAUCUUUGUCAAUAAAGUUUGUGGUUUAUAAGAUUUCUAAUGGAUUGGAUGGAAUGUGUUCAAUUCAUUUAGUAUACUGUAUGUCAACACUGUAGAGCAUUAUUUUCUAUGAGGAGAACUUUGAUCUGUGAGCUGUCUGUCCAUAGUGGAGGUGGUACAGUUUGGAUCAUUACUAGAAGAACAGAAUGUCCCAACAAUGGCUGUGUCUCGUUUGGAAGGCUGUGUCCUCCGGAGGUCGCAUUUCUCGGCCGCAUACGUCAUCGAGGCUGUCUCGUUUCAGAAAAGGCUUCGAAUGCAGCCUUCAAAUGCGACCUUCUUUCACGGGAAUUCGGAGGAUGCAUGAGGUGUAUCCCUUCGUGGGCACUCACAACCCACAGUUCUUUGCUUCAUUGGAAAUGUCUUGAACCACCAAUUUGCCCGUAAAUAUGAUGUUCAAAUGCAAGUAAUGUUAAUUCCCAAGUUGAAGUACCUCAGUAGAUGGGUGCAGAGUAAAUAAUAUGUAUAACUAUAUUAAUAUAUAAUUAAAAUAAAGUAUUAGACUAAAAGUACACCUGUAAAAUCUAUUUUCUUUUCUCUUUACAUCAUUAUAACUUUCCUAAAAUUUACCUCAUACAUUCCCUUCCAGAGGGACUGUUCCUUUCUCACUCAAAGCGCUUGUGCUUGUUAAAGAGUGUCGUGAUGUCAUAGCAACCAUGUUAGUUCUGUUUCCGUUUGUCUUACGAAGGCCGUCUCCUUUAAACGAGACUUGUUUAAAGGAGGACUUUCGGUAUACUGCAGCCUUCAAAGGACGUGUCCUACCUAGCACGCAGCCUUCGAAAAUGAAACACAGCCAAUGUGUCAGUGUUGUAAUUGCUUCUUUGUCUAGUUAAACAAACAUGAAAACUAAUUUAUGCUUCAUAGGACCUUAACAAAUAUUCUUCUAAAUGCUUUUGCUUAAAUGCUUAAAAUUUGUUUUGUAGACAACAUAUUUUUGUGUCAAUGACAUUAUAAUAAAAUGUGGAAAGUAGGAAUAAUAAAAAAAGAAUAAGUAGGUGUGUCCAAACUA